AUGUUGGCCACCACUUCAAAACAGUGUGGCGCUGCAAGAAACUGUGGCAGCAUUGCUGCAAUGAUCGUACCGGCCCUUCUCUACCAGCGCUUUGGCUGGCCGGCCGUUUGCUGCGGUGCUUGCAGUGCAGCGCUAUUGUAUAUACUACUGUCUAGUCUAGUCGGGCGCCAACAACCAGAAUCCAGGAGAGACAAGCACGAGGAGGGACAUCUGGACAUAUCAUGGAUUGAUUGGAUAGUGGGAUCGGCCUUCAUUUUCACAGAGUUGCAGUACAACAUUGGCAACGCUGCCAUCCCACAAACACUGACAACCACCUUCAAUAUGUCAGUUGGGGAAGUGGGCCCUACUUUGGGAAGCUUCAAUGCAAUCUCCAUGCUCUUUUUGGCGGUGUUGCCCAGCGUGCCUUGCGCAUUCUUGCACAGGAGUCCUUUGAACAUCGUGAUGUGUUUUCUCUUUGUCCUUGUGUCUUGGAUAUGUGCAGCCUUCUCUGCCAUGCACGCUGCCGAUGGAUAUUCGGUCUUUGUGAUGAGUAUCCUCUCCUUCACACUGUCCAUCAACAUGGCACAAGUCCUCAUGCUGGAGUAUCUGUCAGGUGUCUUGGACACUAAAGGCGCUGAGAGGCUCAUGGGCGUUUCAGAAACCUUGGGCUGCGGAUUUGCUAUGCUGGGGGGAUACCUGGGAGAUGAGCUUGAGGUGUACGGUUCGGCAGCUCCAUUUGUCAUGCAGGGCAUAGUUGCAUUCCUUACUGUCACUACGCUGGGAGCAUCACUGGCACACCGCCACGUGACCAGAGACAACCCGAGUCACGUGUCGCCCUUGAGCUUCCGGAACCAACUUGCAGAAGGAGUCAAGCGAAUUGCGGUGUCUCAGUCAACAGACAGUCCCGCAAGCAUGGAACGCAAAUAUCGGCAGCACCUUGCUCAGGGUAACCGCACUGUAGUCAAACCUUUGCUUGGGGAUGCUGAUGUCAUCACAAUUGCUUAA